AGGACGGGUGAUAUUUUCACAUCAUCCAGCGAUGUGAUGGUGCUCGAGAUGUGCCUUUGUGCACGAUUAAACUCGCUUUGUUGAAUGGCGAGGUAGACGGGUUUUUUUAAACAACAGGCAAGGGAUAGGUUUUGAUUUGUUUUUUUUUUGCGUUACUAGAGCGUUAAAAUGCGCGGACGCGUGACAGGCCAGGCCAUGGAGUUGCUGGGCAGCGGCGGCUGUAGGAUCAGCGUGACCAGGCUCUUUCUGUCCCCGUCAGCCAAAGCAGCCGCUCCGGCGACCGGGGUUCAUGGCGUCGGCAGAAGGUUUCGGUCAACAUCCUCCAUGUCCAGCUACUCGGAGCUGGCUCGGGAGCGGUCCAAAACCGUUACGUCUUUUUACAACCAGUCCGCCAUCGACGCAUCCGCCGAGAAGCCUUCUGUCAGACUGACACCAGCCACUAUGCUGUAUGCAGGGAAGUCUCCUGACGGACAGCAUAUCUUGAGCAGUGCCAGGUAUCUACACAAAGAGCUGCCUGUCCGUAUUGCCCAUCGCAUUAAGGGCUUCCGCAGCCUGCCCUUCAUUAUCGGCUGCAACCCAACCAUUCUCCAAGUGCAUGAGCUUUAUAUCAGGGCCUACCACAUGCUGAGCGACUUUCCAACUAUUCAAGACCAGGACACUGAGGCUCGCUAUAGUAAGAUGGUAAAACAGCUUCUUGAUGAUCACAAAGAUGUUGUCACCAUGUUAGCUGAAGGAUUCAGGGAAUGUCGUAAACACAUAUUGGAUGAGAUGCUAGUUCGUAAUUUCUUGGACACAACGCUGACGUCUCGUCUGGGCAUCCGCAUGCUGGCCACACACCACAUUGCCCUGCAUGAAGAUAACCCUGACUUUGUAGGGAUCAUAUGCCGCCGCUUGUCCCCCAAAAAGAUCAUCGAAAAAUGGGUUGAUUUUGCUCAACGGCUCUGUGAGCAUCAGUACGGUAACUCUCCGCGUGUUCGCAUCAACGGCCACGUGGCAGCCCGCUUUCCCUUCAUUCCACUGCCUCUGGAUUACAUUCUGCCUGAACUGCUGAAGAACGCCAUGAGGGCCACCAUGGAGAGUCACUUGGACACCCCUUACAAUGUGCCUGAUGUGGUGGUCACAAUUGCCAACAAUGACACUGACUUUGUCAUAAGGAUCUCGGACCGCGGCGGUGGCAUUCCUCAUAGCAUUUUGGACAAGGUGAUGCAUUACCACUUCAGCACAGCCGAGCAGAGCGCUCAAGAUCCCCGCAUGAGCAACCUUUUUGACAACAUGACCAACAGCGGCCCUCAGUCCGGACCCAUGCAUGGGUUUGGUUUCGGUCUGCCCACAUCCAGAGCGUACGCCGAAUACCUGGGUGGUUCCUUGGCCAUCCAGUCAAUGCAAGGCAUCGGCACGGACGUCUACCUGCGCCUUCGACACAUUGACGGCAAAGGAGAGAGCUUCAGAGUUUGACAUUGUGGUCUUUUUAAACCUUUUCUUCUCCGUCAGCUCCAGCCAGACCAGGAUGUUCAACAGUUAACCUUUCACUCAUAUUACCUGUCCUUAUACGUCAGCGUCACACAAGGAUCAUGUGUUGGGCAGAUUAUGGGUAGUCGUGCUUGGGAUUCGCACUGCAGCAUUGUGUUUGUGUAGUUCACUGUGAUUUUGUUUAGUUUUUUUAUGAAGAAAUAUCAGCCUUAAGAUUAAAAUCAAGCAUGUUAACAGUCCAGCGUCACCGGAAGAUGAUCUCCAGACAGACACAUCCUGGUUUUCAUCACUAAUAUGAGUGAACCGAACUCUGUAGAGAGGAAUCGUUCACUCUCAAAGGCUUUUAGUGAUCUUCUAUGAACUCUGAAUAGAGGUUGACUGCCUUACGAAAAAAGCCUGAAGAAACGCCGCCAUCUUGCUUCACAUCAGUUUGUUCAGUUUUGACAUUUCACGUUAUUAUACACCAUAUGAGUUUGCUUGAGGUUAGACCAGCGCAUAAAUAUAAAGUUUUUUUGCCAUUGUCUUUGAGAGGAAGUGUUUAUAGAUGUUAAUAGCUUUUGUUUGAUACCUUUUGAUGGGUUCGUGUUGUUAAACCAACGCAUUUACCAGAUUUAAAGGCAUAGUUCACUCAAAUGAAAUUUCUGCCAUUUUAUGUACCCUUCAAAUUAUUAUUUUGUCAAACACAAAAGAAGAUACUUAGAAAAAUGCGGGCAUGAAUUGACUUUAGUACUAUUUUUUUCCUACUAUGGAAGUCAAUUGGUGCCAGGAUUCUUCGAAAUAUCUUUUGUGUUCAAAUUUAUCACUCAUAAAGGUUUAAAAUGUCAUGAGAGAAAAUAAAUGAUAGUUUUAGCGUGGACUAUGCCUUUAAUUUGAAUUGGUCCCCAAGUGACAAACGUUCUAUUGUAAUAGUAAUUGAACUGCUGGAGAAGUUCACAAAUACACAUUUAUUUGGUCGUCACAUGUUUCGUCUUGUAAUGUUGUGCCUGUGGUUUCUUUUCUCUCCUUUUUAAAACAAGAAAAAGGAGCCUUAAGUGUGUGUGAGAGUGUGUAUGAUUCAUUUUCUGUUCUCGAGUGCUGCAGAUUUGUUGCCCACUUUUGCCCCCUGCUGGAGGAGUUUGAGUAUUAACUUUGACUUGAAACAAAAUGGACACAGAUGAGGAUUUAGUCUAAUGAAUGGUGUGUAACGAGAUGUGGAUGAUUCAGAAUGAAACUAACAUGCACAUAUUGACGUAUUCCUUUGUUCAUGUACUAAGCCAAAUUGUGGCAUGAUGCACCCAGAAUGUUAUCUAGGAUGGGCUCAUUUUGUUUUUUUUUAUGUUGAGUUUGCAUUGCAUAGAUGCCAAAAUACGCAUAGUUUUUGGGCAUUAUAAAAUUAUGAAAGAA